GGCAAAUCCCUUGCUUGAUUCCAGCUAGUUAUUCACGAUCCCAAUAUCUCCCUCAUUACAAUAUUAAUGAAGAUUCGAAACUCUUCUUCAGUCUCAACUUGCGCUACUGAUAAGUAGUAGCGAUAAGUACCCCAGACUUGGCGGCGCCACACGACCCAUCGGCCACUAUAGUCAGGGCUUAAGCUAUCACUCCUUACAGUCGACCUUAGUCGUUCAACAUAAGCAACAAUGCCAGUGACACGCAGAUCUGCCCGUAAUGCGACCAAUGGAACCAACGUUUCGGCUCAGAAAAGGGAGGUUCUAGCUAAGGAGAAGUCGACGACCACAACCGCGAAGGCGACGCGUACAAAACGCGUACGCGACGAGGAAGAGACGCCUCCAAGUGGAAACGUGACAAAUGAUUCGUCAACUUCAGUACAAUCAAGUAAAGAUCCAACAGCUACUGGGCCAUCAGCGUCCAAGCGAGCCAAAGGGUCAAAGGCCGCUACAGCUGCGUCGGGCACUGCGAACUUGCAAUCCAACCGCGAUGAGAACGGAAACCAAGAGGUGUUUUGGUUGUUGAAGGCCGAGCCGCUGCCUCGCUACGAGAACGGCGUUAACGUAGCCUUUUCAAUCGAUGAUUUGAAGAAUUGUACGGAGCCCGAGCCAUGGAGUGGAGUCAGAAAUCCACAAGCGAGAAACAACAUGCAAGCAAUGAGAAAAAAUGAUCUCGGCUUCUUCUACCACAGCAACGCCAAACCAUCUGGUGUGGUGGGUAUUCUCAGAGUUGUCGAGGAAGCAAAAGUCGAUGAGUCCGCAUUCGACCCAAAAGACCCAUAUUAUGAUGCGAAAAGCAACCGAGAUAACCCAAAAUGGUACUGUGUUGGGGUGGAAUUUGUCAAGAAAUUCGACGAUGUGGUGGACUUGCAUAAGAUUAAAAGCCACGCCACAUCCGGAGGUGCUCUCGAAAAGAUGCAAUUGGUGACGAACUCAAGACUCAGUGUGUCACGGGUAAGCAAGACGGAAUGGGAUUUCAUCAUGGACAUGGCAGAAGGAAAAGGCGACAAAGAAACGAGUUGAUAUUAACUAUUUGGAUCAAUAAGCAAAACCAUGCUGCUAGUCAAACAGAAUCAUGAAUCA